UAACUAAGCAAUUGAGCAACAAUCCGAAUGUCAAAACACCGUGUUUUCAUAUUCUCUAAAAUAUUUUUUUCACGGGUUUUAUAGGAAGUGUGGGGUGGGUAGAAAGUAACCGCAAUGGAUUUUGAACUAUCUUUUGAGGAAGUUGCGUUAGGUGCAGCCCGUUUAGUCUUAUUUAUUAUAUUUUGCUGUGUUUCUGUCUGUAUUUGGAUGUGCAUAAAAAGAUGCAAAUCUCAAAAACAAACAACACUGACUACACAUAUUGAGCAUUGGAAUAGGCACUCAGGGCACUCAUCUCGCAAUGAUGAUGUCAAUUCGCCUUACCGCAUCAGAGAUAUUCCACUCAUAGAAGCCGAAUCUGAGGAAUUUAAUUCUAUCAGUGCAGAUGACCGCAGAGAUACAGAAUUUCGUCGUCCUAUUGGAUUUACGGAAGCAGUAGUGGAACCCUCUGCUCCAUAUCCUGUGGAGAAUCUCAUGCCCGAGCCCGCAGAGUCUGUAAGACCAACAGCGCCUCCUGGGGAAAUUCUUGAUACUUCGCCCGCGCAAGAUGAUAAUCCACCGUCUUAUGAAGAAGUCAUGAGAAGUGAAACUGUCUGCGAUCAGUCAGCUGGGGCAACCGAGGAAUCGAAUUGUGUCGAAUAGAUUUAAACCAUGACUUAUAUUACGUCCUGAACUACCUCAGCCCAUUUACAGGGGAUUAUUCGAAGUACAACUACAUAUAAUAUAUAAUGUAGAAAUUUUGGACGAUUUAUUGCUUACGUACGAUUUUUGUAUGUUAUAUGAAUGUGCCUAUAAUAAUAAACA